AUGGCGGCCACCUUGGCCCCCGCCGACCGCCUCGCCGCCCCCUCCCUCCGCCUUCACCACCCCUCCUCCCUCUCCCGCCGCCUCCUCGUCCCUUCUCGCCUCCCCGCUACCUCCCUCUUCCCACACCGCCGCCCGCGAGUCGUGGCUAUGGCCGUCGAGACCGGCGGCGCGAACUCCAAACCCAGGGUCCUUGUCGCCGAGAAGCUCGGCGAGGCCGGGCUGGCCCUUCUCAAGGGCUUGGCCGACGUUGACUGCUCCUAUAACCUCUCCCCCGAGGAGCUCCGCGCCAAGAUCGCGCUCUGCGAUGCCCUUAUCGUGCGGAGCGGCACCAAGGUCGGCCGAGAUGUUUUCGAGUCCUCCGGUGGCAAGCUCAGGGUGGUCGGGCGCGCUGGGGUCGGGAUCGACAAUGUGGAUCUCGCCGCCGCCACCGAGCAUGGCUGCCUCGUGGUCAAUGCGCCCACCGCGAAUACGGUUGCUGCAGCCGAGCAUGGGAUCGCCCUGCUCACCGCUAUGGCCCGCAACAUCGCGAGAUCUGAUGCUUCCAUGAAAGCUGGUCGAACCUUUCUUUCCUUUUGA